UCUCUUCCUGGCACCAUUCUCCUUCAUGGCUUUCCAGCCUUGCCCUGUGGUCACUCAGCCUGCGGCCAUCAACAGCAGCUGCCCGUGUCCAUACAGGGAUUGGAAAUCGGGACUGACGGACUGCAGCUCGGACCAAUCAAUAUGUUUCUGCGGGAUCUUCUGCCUUCCCUGCCUCAUGUGCAAGGUGGCCGCGCAGUACGGCGAGUGCUUCUGUGUCCCCUUCCUGCCGGGGGCUCUUGUGGCCAUGCGGACGGGCCUGCGAGAACAGCUGCGCAUCAAGGUACCCGUCUCCGGGGGGACUUCUGGGAAAGUUCCAGCAGGUGAUUGCCAGGAGGCGCAAAAGCGAGCUCUCCGCUUGGCACACGGGAGUUAUAGCCAGGGUGAAGGAGGGAGGUGCAGGCAGGCAGGCAGGGAGCAAAUGCACAGAGCUCUGCAGCCUUUCGCACAAUGGACACCAGAGCUCUAUCCCACCGCAGCAGCUGUUGCAGCAGCCCAUGUUCUUUGUCGGGCUACAGCCCAUCGUCUGGUAGAGUCAAGGAAUUAGCCACUGGUGAGAUGGAAGCUUGCAGCUCUUCCUCUUGACCGCGACAUACCAAAGUCCAAUGUGGAGAAAGGGGUUGCCGGAUUGGUGCAGUUUGGCCAGAGGACAGAGUUUGGGGGAGACACAGGCUGCUAUGCAGAUCCAGGGGGUCUCAUCUUGAGAGCACAUCCUAUCAGUAGAUAGUUCCCAUCAUGCCAUCCCUGCUAUUCGUGGGAACUGGUUUGAGGUGCUGAGAAUUCUGCCGAAAACCCUCCACGGAACAAAAGAUGGAAUGGCUGUUAGAUUUGGUUUAAAGCAGGCAAUCUACACUGGCUAUGUUCGGUGUUUAAUCUGGGGCAGUGGGGAGGCGCUUGGAGGCAGGAGCGAAGACAAGGCUUUCCCCGACUGAUGGUCCUCUCCUCUUCCACAGGGCUGCGUGUGCGGCGACUGGUGCGCUUUCUGCUUCUGCUGCCCCUGCGCUCUGUGCCAGAUGGCACGAGAGCUGAAGAGCCCAUGUUGUUAGCCUCAUCCUGAACUGGACACUCUGGAACCCCCUUGCGGGUCAGCCCUGUCCCCUACUGCAUUGGGGGUGCUGUGGGGCUCAGGUGCCUGGAAUGAACUGAACCGAACCACUCGGGGAAGCUUUGAAGCUGAGUUGCAAAGCGCUGCCAUGUUGGUUUCCAGCUGACUGGUGAAGCGCAGGCAUAGGAGAACUGCAAGCUUCGGACUGUCGUGGCUUGUGCCUCUCACUGGACUUCAGGUGUUGCUUCACUAAGGACAGUCACAACCUGCUCCUCCAGUGUGUGUGUGGGGGGGAAGAGCCACAUCACCCUCUCUCCCCCUGUUAAUAUUACACUGUGUGCACAUAGGAAGUUGCUGGCGUUGUAAAUAAAUAAGGUGGGGGAUACAGCUCUCCUCCUGCAGGAAA